UCUUGUGUGUCAGGUGGGGGCAGCACCGCCCGCUCUACUCACCCGCCGCCAGGGGGCGCCCGUCACACCGCCUCCAGCAAGAUGGCGGCCGGCCGGAUCCCGGCGGCGGCGGCGAUGCUCGGCCUGAGAGAGUUUAUGCUUCGUAAAAAAGUCCUGAGUUUGUACAGGAAGAUUUUAAAGACCAUUAAUCAGAUUCCAAAUGAUGGAGACAAGCAGCACCUUAAAAAUUGGGCUAGACAAGAAUUCAAACAGAACAAAAAUGCUACAAAUCAAGAUACGAUACGAAUGAUGCUUACCCAUGGAAACAUGCAGCUCCAGGAGCUGGAGAAAAUGCUUCAAUUCGCAAAAUGAAAGGAAGAAAUUCUGAAAUGGCUUAAGCUGAAUUUUCUACAAGUGGUUCUGUUCAGACCUGUUUGUGGGACAUGUACUUCUGGCACUGAUGAAAUAUUUUCACAAACAGCGAUAACUUUAACUUUCAGUGAAACAACCAUUUGAAAUGACUUGAGAUAUGGAAUUUUAUAUACUCAGGAAAAAGUCCAACGUUCAUACUGUGCAAGACUUUGAGACAAACAUAUGACAGAACACAUCAGUCUAAUAUUUAAAAGUUUCACACUGCUUGUGUUAGAAUUGGAUGUUGAUCAGUUACCUAUACAUUAUUAUUGGGAUUAAAUGUUUACUAAAUUACUCAGAUGGCUAAUUUUUAAACAGGUCUUUGAACUCAAGGGAAAAUUAAUAAGAGUAAGUGAUUGUACAAUGUUCAAGAAGGAACUGCAGAUGCUGGAAAA